UAAUAGAUGGAAAAGUUGUAAAAAUAGUCGAUAGAAUUGAUGUUUAUUCCUUGACAGUCACAGAUGUUUGAAAAUGUUUAAAAAUCUUAAAAAGAAAAUAGAACAGGGUGUACAAAAUACCCCUUUACGUUCUGCUGUAGCUGCAAUUUCAAAGAGUGAUGAGAAAGUAUCAGAUGAUAUCGGAUCCCCUGUCGCUAGCAGCACCCCUUUAAAAUCACCUGAAGCUAUUUCAGGUGGAACGGCAGGGGGAGGGGAUGGUAUAAGCACACCUUCUCCAAUUGUACCGGAAGCUACAGAUGGGACCCCUACAGGUCAACUAGUUGACAUUCCUCUACAAGAAGGACCAAAUGAUACACGCUAUCAGACAGCAACAGAAUUUGCUUCUGUUUUGGGAGAUGAUACACCAAAGGUUCCAAGAUCUCGGACAUCGUCCAUCAGCUCUGUGACAAGCGACAGUUCCUUCUUUCAAAAUGUUUCAUUUACCCAGCAUCAUUACUCGCUGCCAUCUGAUAUUGAGAGUGAAGUGGAAGAUUCGUCUGUUAAUCUGGAAUCUGUAUCAAAAGAUGAUCUUUAUUUAUACAUCAAAAAAUAUGAGCGAAGAGCAGUUAAAUAUAAAUCUAAAUUCAUGGAGCUGAUGACAAUAUAUAAAGAUUUAGCACAGGAAAAAGAGAAAUUUAAGACAACGUUGACCCAGUCUCAGGAUCAAGCUUUUCGUCGUAUCUCAGAAUUAAAGGAACAGAUCCAACUGGACCAAUUAGCUAAACGAGAUCUAGAGGAGAAUUACCGUCUGCUACUGGAUGAAAAAGAAGAAUUUGUUAAAGUUCUACAGAUGCAGGUAAAGUUAUUGAAGGAAGGCAAAGACAUUCCACCUGAUUUACAGGAAAAAAUGAUGCCAAAAAAAUCAGCAACAACCGAAUCAGCUCCCCCUGGUGGUGGGAAAGAUGGGGAGGUUGCCGGCUUACGUGAAAAAGUCAGACGAUUAGAGGGUUUGUUAAAUCGAUGUAAAGAAACUAUUAAAUCAGGUAAAGAGAAGAACAUUCAACUAGCAGAAGAAAAAGAGAAUUUACAAAGACAGCUAGAAGAUAGACAGAGAGAUAUAGAUCAACUAAAGGGAUCGUCGAGUACGUCUGAUAUCAGUAAACUACAAUCACAAAUAGAAAAAGCUAAACAGGUCAUAGUUCAACUAGAAACAGACAGAGAAUUAGCUAUAGCUGAAGUUAAAAAACAGGUACAUGAAGAGAUUGAGAAGAAAGAUGAAGAAGCUGGAAACCUUCGUGGACAACUUUUACAGGCUGCAGAAGAAAUGAAAUCUUUAAAAUAUAAAAAUGAUGAGUUACAACAAAAGAUUGAAAAACUACAAAAAUCAGGUCAGGAUCAUCUUGAGAAAUCUAGAGAUAUAAUAAAACGAUUGAAAGAUGAGAAAAAGGAAUUGGAGGAAAAGUUUGAUAUUUUAGAGCAAAAUAUGGAAGAGGAAAAAUCAAAACUUGUCCAGGAAUUAUCGCGCGGGAAAGCAGCAGCCAUUGCUCUAAUACAGCAAGAAACUGAAACCCGUAUUAUUGAGAGAGUUAAUGCCACAGUAGAAGAAAGAGAUACAUUCUGGAAAAAUCAACUUGAUGAACAACAAAAAACAAAUAAAGAGAUAUUAGAUAAUAAGGUAAAUAGAGAAACUGGUUAA